GUUUUCAUGGAGAUGCCGUCAAAGAAGGACUAUCCGAUGUAUUACACACAAAUCAAACGCCCAAUGUGCAUAGAGACCGUUUUUAAACACUUGAAGCGCAAGGAAUAUCAAACCUCUCUAGACUUCGCAAAUGAUGUCGAGCUUGUGUUCCCUAACGCUCUCGAGUUU